AUGGUGUCGUCACCUCGCAAACAAGCGCCCAGCACCCCAAAAAAGGUAGCUCAACCGUCUCCAAAAAAGGGCACGCGAUCCUCUCCCCGAAAGAAAGCUUGGGCAUCGCCGAUCAAAGCGACCGCAAAAUUCCAAAGUGACAUUUUCUCUGCUGACGAAUUCGCCGAUCUUUCGAAUAAGUCUUGGGCGGAAAUCACCGAGGAAGAUGACGAUAUAUCUGCGAGACUCGAAGCCGAACGUCGAUGCAAGAGUGAUUCGAGGCGAAAAGGUCAGCCGAAAAGAUCUCUCAACAACUCGAGCAAAUCGAAGUUUGUCCGCUCGUUGGAGCUAACCAAUGAAGUAUUUCAAGCAACGUCCAGUCGUCGCUCACAGAGAAGCAAGUCCCGAACUCGCAACGGAACCGUUGUCGAAACCGAGGAAGUGAUGGAAUCUAUUGUGCUGGAGACAUCGUCAGGACCUAUCAGUCGCAAGAGAUGUCUCUCGAACGCAUCAACAAUCAACGAUGAGGGCUCACCAUCCAAGCGACGCGUGGAAACUGGAAAGGCGAAUCGUAAAGCACCAAGAGCCCGUCUUUUCAAUGGAUCUGACAGUUCGAGUGUAGCUAGCAGUCCGUCACGUCGAGACCACUGGGAAGAGCCCACUCUUGGAUGGUGUACUGAUGAUGCCGUCCUCAAAAGACGCUCCAGAGAAAUCGAUCGAGCCAAGGAGAAGGCCGUGUACCAGAGGUACAUCUCUGAGGUCCCACUUCGCGAUCGUGUCAAGGGGACACAUCCACGAACACCAAACAAGCUGAUCAACUACAGUCGUCGCAGUUGGGACACUCAAAUCAAGAAAUGGAAGCGCAGCUUGUACGAGUACUGCGGAGAAGAACCGUCCGAAUCAGUCAACACAUCGUUCUGUAGCUAUUCGGAUGACGCGAUGAGCGAGUCUGGCGACAAGGAAGAGAAGGAAAUCGAAAACCAAAAUGUUCUCCGAAAUCUUCAAAUCCCAGUGAAUAUGCGUCCAGAAGUCGAUUCAAUGGCAUCACUUCUUGGAAAGUUCGACGUUGAUUCACAAAUGGGACUCGAUGAGAGCACAUUGAAGGCAUCGACAAACACUGAUCCAUCGGCUCCGACCGAUUUCUCGAAGCUUUCUAAUCAACACUAA